GUCACGAAGAGAAGUUGCGUGUGUGUGCGUGGAGGAUCUCUUCUCCACGCAGACGUCCAAGCAUCGAGCGAAGAAGGGCUGCACAAGUAGUCGCCUCGCCGCUGACGCUGCACCAAUUCCGGGCACUUUCGAUGCGACUCCCGGGACCGUGAGAGAGACCCCCGGGAGUCUCCGUAAGAGGGCGAGCAGCGGAGCCAACAGCAUGCGGCGCAGCGAUGGCAGGCGCCGGUAAGACCGCGGUGAGGACGCUGGAGGACUUAACGCUGGACUCCGGGUAUGGUGGAGCCGCGGACUCGGUCAGGUCGUCCAGCGUGUCGCUGUGUUGCUCCGACCCGCCUCAGUCCUUCCCGCACGGGGGCAACCGCUGGCAUCUGACGGGAUCCAUGCACAGUCGCCAGAACAGCCUGGAGACGGUCAACACCGUCCUGGCCGAGGACACGGAUCCGGGGCCGGAGUGCGCCAGGCUGCCCGAGCCGGAGGAGGUGCCGUGGAGCCUGGCCGAGGUGGAGCAGGCGCUGCGGCGGGACGAGGAGCUGAUGGCCGCCGGGGAGCCUCCGCCUCCGGAGGUCCUGGCGCGGCUCUCCGUGCUGGUCAGCCGCGCGCUCGUCCGCCUGGCCCGCGAGGCGCAGCGGCUCAGCCUCCGCUACGCCAAGUGCACCAAGCUGGAGGUCCAGAGCGCCGUGAAGAUGGUCCUCUCCUGGACCGUCUCCGUCAACUGCAUCGCGGCCGCCCUCAGCGCGCUCUCCCUCUACAGCAUGAGCACCGCGGACAAGUUCAGCCGCGGCAAGUCGGCGCGCUGCGGGCUGGUCUUCUCCGUGGGCAAGUUCUUCCGCUGGAUGGUGGACGGCCGCCUGGCGCUGCGGGUCCACGAACACGCCGCCAUCUACCUGACGGCGUGCGUGGAGAGCCUCUUCCGGGAGCUGGCGGGCCGCGUCCUACGCAGCGCGCUGCUGCCGCGGAGGGACAACGGCGUGCCCAAGUUCAGCCUGGAGGCGCUGGAGAUAGCCGUCGGCGGGGACUCGGAGAUUUGGGGGGUGCUGCAGCCCUACCAGCACCUCAUCUGUGCCAAGAACUCCAGCGGUGUGCUCAGUCUCCCCGACAGUCUCAACCUGCACCUCGACCAGCAGCGCUCGGACCGAGGCAGCGGCGGCGAUGGCGAAGGUCACGCCUACACGCAGGCGGAACUACGCACCGUGGAGCAGUCGCUGCUCGCCACCAGGGUGGGCAGCAUCGCCGAGCUGAGUGACCUGGUGUCGCGGGCCAUGCACCACCUGCAGCCGCUGCACAUCAAGAACCCCAGGAACGGCACCCCGGUUCACCAGAAGAGCAACACCGGCAUCCACUGGGAGCCCGAGGCCCUCUACACCUUGUGUUACUUCAUGCACUGUCCACAGAUGGAGUGGGAGAACCCCAACGUGGAACCCUCCAAGGUGAACCUGCACACCGAGAGACCCUUCCUGGUACUGCCGCCCCUGAUGGAGUGGAUCCGAGUGGCGGUGGCGCACACGGAGCACCGCCGCAGCUUGUCGGUGGACAGCGACGACGUGAGGCAGGCGGCCCGGCUGCUGCUCCCGGGCGUGGACUGUGAGCCCCGGCAGAUCAAAGCCGAGGAUUGUUUCUGCGGGGCGAGGAAGAUGGACGCCGCCUCCACCGAGGCCAAGUUCCUGCAGGACUUGGGCUUCAGGAUGCUGAACUGUGGCCGCACAGACCUGGUCAAGCAGGCCGUCAAGCUACUGGGACCUGACGGCAUCAACAGCAUGAGCGAGCAGGGAAUGACGCCUCUCAUGUACGCCUGCGUGCGCGGCGACGAGGCCAUGGUCCAGAUGCUGCUGGACGCCGGCGCCGACAUCAACAGCGAGGUGCCCAGCACAGUACACAAGCACCCCUCCGUUUACCCCGACGCACGCCACGGGACGCCCCUCACUUUCGCCGUCUUGCACGGACACGUCCCUGUCGUGCAGUUGUUGCUGGACAACAGCGCCAACGUGGAGGGCUCGCUGCAGGACGGGGCAGAGAACUACACGGAGACGCCGCUCCAGCUGGCGUCGGCCGCAGGUAACUUUGAGUUGGUGAGUCUGCUGCUGGACAGGGGGGCAGAUCCCAUGAUCGGGACCACGUGUCGAAACGGCAUCUCGUCGGCACCGCUGGGAGACAUGAACUCUUACAGCCUGGCGGCGGCGCACGGACACAGGAACGUAUUCCGCAAGCUCCUGUCCCAGUCGGAAAAGGAGAAGGGUGACGUUCUGUCGCUGGAGGAGAUCCUGGCUGAAGGUUCCACGCCCAGGGAGAAGAGCAUGGCACCGCAGGCCAACUGCGGCGGCGGAGGGACGCUACGAACAGGAAAGGCCAAGCUGCGGGCCCUGAGAGAGGCCAUGUACCAUAGUGCCGAGCACGGCCAUGUGGACAUCACCAUAGACAUCCGCAGCUUAGGUGUUCCCUGGACGCUGCACACCUGGCUGGAGUCCCUGAGGACCGGCUUCACCCAGCACCGCCGCCCGCUGAUCCAGGGUCUGCUCAAGGACUUCAGCUGCAUCCAGGAGGACGAGUACACGGAGGAGCUGGUCACGCACGGCCUGCCGCUCAUGUUCCAGAUCCUGCGCUCCUGCAAGAACGAGGUGAUCAGCCAGCAGCUGUCAGUCAUCUUCACGCAGUGCUACGGGCCCUUCCCCAUCCCCAAGCUGACGGAGAUGAAGAGGAAGCAGAGCUCUCGCUUAGACCCGCACUUCCUCAACAACAAGGAGAUGUCGGACGUCACCUUCCUGGUGGAGGGCAAACCCUUUUAUGCACACAAAGUGCUGCUGUUUACGGCCUCGCCCAGGUUCAAGUCGCUGCUGCAGAACCGGCCCGCGGCGGAGAACACCUGCAUCGAGAUCAGCCACGUCAAGUAUAAUAUAUUCCACUUGGUAAUGCAGUAUCUGUACUGCGGCGGCACGGAGUCCUUGCACAUACGCAACACCGACGUCAUGGAGCUGCUGUCCGCCUCCAAAUUCUUCCAACUGGAGGCCCUCCAGCGACACUGUGAGAUCAUCUGCUCCAAGAACAUCACCACGGAAACCUGCGUGGACCUCUACAAGCACGCCAAGUUCCUCGGCGCCACGGAGCUGACGUCCUUCAUCGAGGGCUACUUCCUGAAGAACAUGGCGCUGCUGAUCGAGCUGGACGGCUUCAAGCAGCUCCUCGCCGAGACCACGCCCGCCGCCGAGAGCCCCGCCCCCUCCGGCCCCGCCCUCUGCUCGGAUAUCCUCCAGGACCUGGAGAAGACUCUGGCCACGCGCGUCCACUCCAUCCACCGCUCCACCUCCAAGGGCUCGGUGGUGUGACCAGUAGGAUUUCACGCAUCUUUAGGUGAUCAGUAGCAACGCCAGCGAGAGGAACCUUCCGCAUCUGGAACACGUUUCACUGUGUCCGCCUUUGCAUGGAUCUAGCUUCUAGGGAAGGAAGGAACCCGGUCUCCGAUGAUGCAAAGUCUUACGUGCGUCCUCCUGUGUCCGACCCUGUCUCGCCGCAUGUCUGGAGUCGCCCGCCAUCUUGCUUUUAGCUGUCCUCGCUGUGCAAGGGGCCCAGAAAGUGUUUUGUUUCUUCUAACCCUCGUCUUUAUUUCUCCCAGAUGCUGGUAGCUGAUCUAGCCGAGAAGUCAUUAAUACGCAGCCGUGGCUGCGAAAAGUUAAUGCAGGAUGGGGGAUUUAAACAAAACCCAAAAGCAGUGAAGUUGUCAACGUUGUGUAAAUGGUGAAAUAAAAGAGAAUACAAUGAUUUUUAAAUCAUUUUCAACUUAUAUUCAAUUGAAUAGACUGCAAAGAGAAGAUAUUUAACUUUCCAACUGGUAAAGGUUGUUAUUUUUUGCAAAUGUUAGCUCAUUUGGGAUUUGAUCCCUGCGACAUGUUUAGAAAAAGCUGGCACAAGUGGCAAAAAAGACACAGAAAGUGUCACAUGAUGUUAGUGACGAACCCCAAGAUGCAGAGAAGGAGCCAGGCAUUGUACAGGAAAAACAUGAUUUAAUGUCCAUCAAAUAAAGGAAAAAACAGGAACCAGGAACAAACAAACUGGAAGCAGGGAACAGGAACCAGCAGACAGGAACUAGGAACAAAAAGACAGCACGCUGCAAACAGUUACAGGUUCAACCACUAGUAUUAAUGACAAUAAUCCAGCACUGACUGGAGGAGAAAGCAGGUCUAAAUAUUGACUGGCUGAUUGACACCAGGUGUGGCCAUGUGCCAAUCAGCCGCCGCUGUGGGGACAAAGCACUCAGAAAUAAAGACAAAAUAAAAGCGCUGACAGGAAACAAAGAGGAAAAACUAAAACAUAGCCAAACUGUCAGGGUCAAGCCUGACAGAAAGUUGAGGAAUGCUCAUCAAACACUUAUUUGGAACAUCACACAGGUGAACAGGCUAAUUGGGAACAGGUGAGUGCCAUGAUUGGGUAUGAAAGCAGCUUUCGUGAAAUGCUCACUCGUUCACAAACAAGGACGGGGGCGAGGGUCACCGCUUUGUCAACAAAUGCCUGAGCAAAUUGUUUAAGAACAACAUUUCUCAACCAUUGCAGGGAAUUUAUGGAUUUCACCAUCUACGCUCCGUAAUAUCAUCAAAAGGUUCAGAGAACCUGAAGAAAUCACUGCACGUAAGCCAUGAUAUUACGGACCUUCAAUCCCUCAGGCGGUACCGCAUCAAAAAGAGACAUGUGUGUAAAGGAUAUCACCGCAUGGGCUCGGGAACACUUCAGAAAACCACUGUCGGUAAUUACAGUUGGUCAAUCAAUCAAAGAAUCAAUGUUUAUUUAUAUAGCCCUAAAUCACAAGUGUCUCAAAGGGCUGCACAAACCACAACAAGAUCCUCGGUACAGGGCCCACAUAAGGGCAAAGAAAAACUCACACCCAGUGGGAUGUCGGUGACAGUGACAAUGAUGACUAUGAGAAACCUUGGAGAGGACCUUAUAUGUGGGCAAACCCCCCGCCCCUCAGGGGACCGUAAGCAAUGGAUGUCGAGCGGAUCUAACAUGAUAUUGUGAAAGUCAAGAUAUUGUGUGGUCGCUGCAUUAUGACUCUUACUAUGCAAAGCCAAAGGCAUUUAUCAACAACACCCAGAAACGCCGCUGGGCUUCGCUGGGCCAGAGCUCAUCUAAGAUGGGACGGAUGCAAAGUGGAAAAGUGGUCUGUGGUCUGACGAGUCCACAUUUGAAUAGUUUUUGGAAACUGUGGAAAUCAUGUCCUCUGGACCAAAGAAGACAAAAACCAUCCGGAUUGUUCUAGGCCCAAAGUGUAAAAGCCAUAAUGUGUGAUGGUAUGGGGGUGUAUUAGUGCCCAAGGCAUGGGUAACUUACACAUCUGUGAAGGCAACAUUAUUGCAGAAAGGUCCAUACAGGUGUUGGAGUAACAUAUGUUGCCAUCCAUGGACGCCCCUGCUUAUUUCAGCAAGACAAUGCCAAGCCACGUGUUACAACAGCAUGGCUUCAUAGUAAAAGAGUGCAGGUACUAGUCUGGCCUUUUACACAACGUGACAACUUUUAACUGGUUUUGUAAAACAUGCGUUUUUUUGUUGUUGUAUUUCUUUUGACCAAAUGUGUGUCCAGUCCAGCAAAACACCAAACAAACAAAAAAAAAAGCUUUUUUUUGUAGCUCAGCCUUAAUGAUUAUUUCAGCACUUCCAUUCUGUAAAUACCACAUCCUGUCAUAAGGCUUUUAUUUUCUUACAUACAGCUCUUAUGGUUUUAUACACGCGAAGAGAGUUAUAUCAAAUAAGCAAUAUUCCGAAAGAAGUCUAUUUGUGGUCCAAAGAAAAGAAGAAUAAGCAGCAUUGGAUGAAAGAGGGGAGAAAAUUAUUUAUUUUCUUUCAAAUGUAUUUUUUUUUUAAGAAUAAUAGCCAACUGUAUGGAAAUGAGAUCUUUUACACUGUAAAAAUGUGGAUUCACACUAAUUACUGGCUAUGAAUUAUGUUAGUUUCACAGUAAUUGAACUAAAUGCAAUUUAGAUGUAAAGAUGACGACAAAAUAUGGUGACGAUUGCUUUUAGAGUCGAUUUUCGCCAUUUAGGGUAAAGUUCGAUUUUAAAGCGAUGUUCUAUAAAACGCCAAUGGAUUUUCUUUUUUUUUUUUAAGUUAUUUUUAGGAAUUGAUUCCUUUUUUAAGUUUUUUGUAUAAAUCGAUUUCUGAAAAUCAAUUUAUAAAACUGACUCAAUAAAAAAAAAAGUGGAAAAAUCCGCAUCGUUCUGCUUACAAGUACAGCUGAUGAGAGACGCCGCCCCCUAGUGGCUUGGAGGGAUUAAAUGUAAAUUGAAAUAAUUACACAUGUAUAAUUAGGAGUGCACUUUUUCCAAAGUUAUUUUUAUAAAUCGAUUUUCAGAAAUCAAUUUAUAAAAUUAACUUUGAAAAAAAAAAAAGUGGAAAAACCAGCAUCUCUCUGCUUACAAGUACAGCUGAUGAGAGACGUCGCCCCCUAGUGGCUUGGAGGGAUUAAAUGUGCAUUUAAAUAAUUAUACAUGUAUAAUUUGGAGGGCACUUUUUUUUUAAAGUUAUGUUUAUUAAUGGUUUAAUAAAAAUAACUUUUACAAAAAAGGGUAAAAAUCAGCAUCUUUCUGCUUGCAAGUACAGCUGAUGAGACGUCACCCCGUAGUGGCUUGGAGGGAUUAAAUGUGAAUUUAAAUAAUUAUAAAUGUAUAAUUAGGAGUGCACUUUUUUUUUAAGUUAUUUUGAAUAAUCGGUUUAUUAAAAAUAACUUUUACAAAAAAAAGGGUAAAAAUCAGCAUCUUUAUGCUUACAAGUACAGCUGAUGAGAGACGUCGCCCCCAAGUGGCUUGGAGGGAUUAAAUGUGAAUUUAAAUAUUCAUACAUGUAUAAUUAGGAGUGCACUUUUUUAAAAAAAAAAGUUAUUUUGAUUAAUCAGUUUAUUAAAAAUAACUUACAAAAAAGGGUAAGAAUCAGCAUUUUUCUGCUUACAAAUACAGCUGAUGAGAGGCGUCGCCCCCUAGUGGCUUGGAGGGAUUAAAUGUGAAUUUAAAUAUUCAUACAUGUAUAAAUAGGAGUGCACUUUUUUUUUUUAGUUAUUUUGAUUAAUCGGUUUAUUAAAAAUUACUUUUACAAAAAAGGGUAAAAAUCAGCGUCUUUCUGCUCACAAGUACAGCUGAUGAGAGACGUCGCCCCCUAGUGGCUUGGAGGGGUUAAAUGUGAAUUUAAAUAUUCGUACAUGUAUGAUUAGGAGUGUACCUUUAAAAAAAAAAGUUAUUUUGAUUAAUCGGUUUGUUAAAAAUAACUUUUACAAAAAAGGGUAAAAAUCAGCAUCUUUCUGCUUACAAGUACAGCUGAUCAGAGAUGUCGCCCCCUAGUGGCUUCGAGGGAUUAAAUGUGAAUUUAAAUAAUCAUACAUGUAUAAUUAAAAGUGCACUUUUUUAAAAAAAAAAGUUAUUUUGAUUAAUCGGUUUGUUAAAAAUAACUUUUACAAAAAAGGGUAAAAAUCAGCAUCUUUAUGCUUACAAGUACAGCUGAUGAGAGACGUCGCCCCCUAGUGGCUUGGAGGGAUUAAAUGUGAAUUUAAAUAAUUACAAAUGUAUAAUUAGGAGUGCACUUUAAAAAAAAAAAAAAAACUUAUUUUAAUAAAUCGAUUUAUAAAAAUAACUAUUUAAAAAAAUGGAAAAAUCAGCAUCUUUCUGCUUACAAGUACAGCUGAUGAGAGGCGCCGCCUCCUAGUGGCUUGGAGGGAUUACAUGUAAAUUGAAACAAUUACAAAUGUAUAAUUAGAGUGCACUUUUUUUAAAGUCAUUUUUAUAAAUCGAUUUUCAGAAAUUGAUUUAUAAAAUUAACUUAAAAAAAAAAAAGUGGAAAAACCAGCAUCUCUCUGCUUACAAGUACAUCUGAUGAGAGACAUCGCCCCCCAGUGGCUUGGAGGGAUUAAAUGAAAAUAAAUGGAUGGAUUUCUGAAAAGUAGGAAUUGGUUUAGAAUCGGUAUGAAAAAGAAUCGCGAUUCAGAUGUGAUCAAUAUUUGUGCACCCCUAUGAGUUUCUUACAGUCCGGAACUAUAAUUACAGUAUUUUACUUUGAAAUUAUAGUUUUAAUUGCUGUUGAAUAAAAGGAUAUUGUCAUUUUGUUGUUACGUUAAAGUACAUUUUGAUCACAGUAUUUUACUGUGAACUCCUGGUCAAUUUUUACAGUGUAAAAAGAAGAUGCGAUACCGAUGUCAAGCACUUUUUCGUGCCACUUUACUGUAGCUUUAUGUCACUUUCUGUCGGGCUUGAACCAGCGCUGUGGCAUCACCGCCGCGUUCCCACGGGGGCCACGGCGAGUCGUGGUAGUGACUCCCGUGAAACUCUACCUUCAGCGGCUCUCUGUUCGUCCGUACCGUUUGCUCGCUUGCGCCCCCCGCUGGCGCUCCGAUGCCAUGGCAGGCGUGGACCGCAUGGCUCUCCUUGUUUCAUGUUGUUGAGAAUGCGUCGAUUUAGCCCGCCUAAAUAAAUGUUCCUGCUGGUGAACAACUAGAUUGUUGCAUGGGAUAGUCAGUAGACUUCACCCCUCCUCCCGGACCCCCCAAGGCCCCUUUUUGCCUUUGAGAACAUGUAUAUUGUACAAAUAGAGACUUCUACGCGAGGAUGUAGUUGAGUAACAGCAACGAGGAAUGUUACACUCUGUGCUACAUUUGCCAUGUUUUUUGUGGACAGACAAUAAAUUACCACAUUUUCAUCUACAUUUA